AACGCAUUCAACCUCACCAAAUACUCCCGCAAAAAUGACGUCAUCAAAGCGAUCAGUCAAUUGAAACACGGGGAAGGAGUUUACACCGAUACAAGCGUGGGCAUCAAACACAUGGACGAGGUCCAGAUGUCCAAUAACUUGGUCAGAACUGGAAUGGUCAAGGUCGGGCUGAUCAUUACAGACGGCAAAUCACAAGAGUAAGUGCCAGCAGCAUGUGUCCCAACCCGUCAAUAUCCAAGAAUAUAAUAGUUUAAAAAUGCAGGAAAUCUCAUCGAAAUAAAAUAUUCUAAUUUUAGACAUACUUUCUUUGAUGUAGGAAGAAACAAUACAGACAAUUUAGAUUUGUCUCAGUGACAUACUUUCGAAUUCGACGAUAUUUAAAAGACGGCAUCCUACUAACAAUGAAAGACAUGAAUAUUUUGUAUAGUAAGGAUGCUAUUGCAUAUUUUAAAAUCCAUUGCUGUUUCAACUGUUGUGUCAUGGAGCGCUAGUUUUCUUAAGACCUACCAAAGGAAUCAUUAAAUAAUUCUGAUAUAAUAUUCAAAGGCGCAUUCAGAGUGUUAUAAAGGUGUAGGAGAUGGGAUCUUUAAAUGUUCGACAAAAAUCAACGCUUUCAUUAUUAUUCUGAGGCGCAAGCCACAAUUCAAUUUUAUCUGGAUGGCCCUUGAAAAUUCUCAGCAAUUCUCCUAUUCCGCUACAAAAAUUCACAUCUGCCCAACUCUUUUAACUAAACUCACUCCAUCCAGUUUCGGUAAAACUAAAAUGGUCGCCGACGCUGCCAAGGACCACAAGAUAUUGAUGUUUGCAGUGGGCGUGGGAAAUUCAGUUGACUACACAGACCUACUGAACAUAGCAGGUCAUCCCGGCCGUGUUUUCACGGCGAAAAGCUACAAUUCUCUCAAUACUAUCACAAAGUCCUUGGCUUGUAUGAGUAAGUAA